AUGGAUAAGGAAGAUGCGGAAAGGUCCGAGAGGGAGAGGAAGGAGUUCGAGGAGAGGGAGAGGUCCGAGAGGGAGAGGAAGGAGUUCAGUAUUUGUGCUCAACAACUUUUGUACGAAAUUGGGGACCCCAGUAGCUAUGUCACCCCUGAUGUGAUUAUUGAUCUUCAGAAUGUUUCAUUCUCUCCCUUGUCAAGUUGCAAGGUUCUUUGUGUUGGAGCAAAAUCCUCUGCUGGUUCAGUCCCUAAAAAACUCCUGCAAUUGAUUCCAAAGGACUGUGGUUGGAAAGGAUGGGGUGAGAUAUCUUAUGGAGGAUAUGAAUGUGUUAAACGUGCAAAGGCUGCAGAAUUCCUGGUCAGAUCAUGGUUGGAAGAAAUAUUGCCUGGCAUCAACAAUUCAAUAUUUUCUUAUAUAAUUGGCUUCGAUAGUCUGAAAGCAACUAGCAUUGGUGAUGACGCUUCAUCUUCAGCCGCUAGUAAUGAUGUAAGGUUGCGUAUGGAUGGAUUAUUUGAGGUGAAAGAACAUGCAGUCCAAUUUACUAGAGACGUUACAACAUUAUAUACCAAUGGACCAGCUGGUGGUGGUGGUAUCAGGUCAAGUUCUUAUCAGCUUCUGAACCUAUUUUCUAAUUUACUAGCGUUUUAAUGAGCUUACACAUUCCUUGGUGGUUAUAGAUUCAUCUCUAGAUGCAAUAA